AUACGAGAUUGCAUUAUUUUUUUGACUCCGCACACACAAUGGCGCCACUUUCCACGCGAUUAAAUGCGAAUUGCGAUGCACCAAAUAAAAGCUUACGAUUUCGAUCGUGGCGCCACUCUAUACACCGGUUAAAUGCGGGAUUGCAAACCCAUUGUCUGUUCAGUGCGUCUACAAUAUAAAUAAUAGUGUGCACACAGAACCAAUAAUAUUGCAUAAGUGGCCCUUUUUAUAGGCACAGAACACCACAGCCGUAUAUACUCUCUAACAAAGGAGUGGCGCGUGCACAAACCUUCCCGGAGAAGAAACAGGCGCCAGUCAGAUUUUUGCUCUCUUUUGGCCUGCGCACCAGUGCAAGAAGACUCCUGGGACUCGAAACAAAGGAGACACUAUCUAACGCGCGCCAACGGCCAAUAUCUUGAGUUACUUAUAUAGUUAUAUCUUGGCCGAACAGAAUUCACAGCAAAGAAGCGAGGUGCGAGAUAGAAAGACCAGUGAUUCGUGUAUGAACACGCGUCGUCAGAGCUUACGCGGAAAAGUAAAUCAGUGUAAUUAGUGAAGUGACUUCGUGACUUCUUCGCGAGUCUCAACGGCCACGCGGCGUCGGUGCGAGCACAACAAAGUACUUAGGUAUACCUUCUCUACUACUAUACCUAUCUCUGACUCAGGCGAUCGUCGUCGCGCGCGCGCGCGAUAUAAUGAGGAUAACUCGAGGGCGUAAAGUCAAGAAAGAGCCGAUUUCGAAGUCCAGAAAAACCCCAAGAAAACCUCCGGCAAAACGUCGAGCAAAACCUUCUACAAAACCGAAGACAACCCGCGGGCGUAAGAUAAAGGAGGAGCCCAUUUUCGAUGAUUACGCAGCAGAACCGUCAGACCCGUUGCAGCCGGCGAUCGCAGAUGCUGUCCCAAGCACGUCGUCGGGCUGUUCCGCGAAAUCUAACUCGCCUCCGCGAGAAGACAAUGACAUCAUUGAAGAAGCAGAUUCCGACAAUGAAUCUCUAGAAUCAAGCUCUUAUGUGUCACUAGAGUUGGCGAUCGGAAUAGUUCCCGAUUUCGACAGUACAGACGAGGAUCUCCUACCUUUCUUGAGAGAAUGCAAGGCAGCCGAAUCGUUCGUAAGACCAGAACAAAGGCAUUUUUUUACCUUGCUCGUUCGCAGUAAAAUCACGGGAUUCGCGAGGGAUCUGAUUGAUUUGUACGGAAAGAAUCCGGAUACUCUGGAUGAACUGAUCGCAGCAUUGAAGUCAUGCUUUCCAUUCGUUUUUGACGUAAACAAAGCCUUUUCAGACUUGUGGAGUCAACCGCAACAACAAAAGCACGAAUCCGUCGAGAUUUUCGCUGCCCGCAUCAGUCGAAUUCUAGAUCGCGGUAUAGAAGCUGCCAACGAAAAGACCGACGCAGCCAAAGCUGUUGAAGUAAAAGCAGCGCUGGAUAGGGUGGCUGCUUCGCAGUUUAAAAACGGGCUACGCGACAUGGCGAAUGCGAUAGACAACGUCCCAUUUAAAGAUGCUGUAAGCUUCGCCAUUAGGAUGGCAUCGAUGCUUCGACGUUGCAAUGAUCAGGUGAAAUUAGAACAAGAACAGCUUGCAGGGUUGUCUAGCGCAAAUACAAAGCGCUUGCCUAAUAACAAAUUUGCUCCAUACAAUAAAGCAUUCUGUAGUCAUUGCCGAAAAAGAGGCCACAUAACAAAACAUUGCUGGUCCAAAUAGAUCUACAAGGAUUGAAAAGAUUGUAUGUUUAAAUGAGAGCGAAUAAAUUUCAAAUGACUGACUCUUGUAUGCAUAUACUCGUCUAUUAACAAUAAGUUUUCAUAAAACACUAUUAUAUUAGAGAAAAUAUAAUAAUAUAAGUUUCUUGAUUGAUAUUAGGUGAAGAAGAAAAAAGAAGUUUGUAACUAAAGUAAGCAUUUAAGCGAAUAGACAAUUAGAUAUAGUUUAAAAUAACGUUAUAAAUUUAAAUAUUAUACUCAACGCUUAAGUUUAAAUUAUCAUAAAUUAUAAGAUUGUUCAUUUAAAUGCUACUAUAAAAAAACGAACAAAGUAUUUCAUUAUUGCAGUGGUAUAUUAUCUUCUAGAAAUUAAAAUAUCUAGUAUAAUGCAUGUUUUUGUUAAGCUUUAAUAUGAGUUGAAUCUUAGUCUGUUAUGAAUAGUUACCAAAUAUAAGUAUAUUGCACUUUACAAGCCAGAUUACUGUUAUUGUAAUAUACAAUCCUACUUACCAGAGGUAAAAGGACUGGUAAAAACUGAAUAAUAAACAUUUUUAUUUACCAUUUGUUUUUAUAAUGAUAUUUCCUUAAGGUUUUUAUAAAUUUUACUGUUCUAGCGGUUGCUAUUUAAAAAAAAAAAACACUGUAGUAGAUAGUCUAUUUAUAUUUCUAUUUAUGUAUUAAAUAAGUUUAACACAGUAUGUCGGCAGCAGUCAAUGUUUCCUACCAUCAAAGAUAAAUCAAUAAAUGAUAUUUUAUUGAUUUUAAUUUUAAUUUACCAAAAUUAGUCUUGUGUAGGUAUACAUAGAUAAUUUUUAAACGUCAAAAAAAUUGGUUCAAAUACUUUUUAAUCUUUUAAUAGAUAUAGUAAUUUUGAUUUUAAUUUUAUUUAAUGCAGAAAAAGUGAUCAUUGUCGAGCUUAAGAAUAAUGUAGCUUAUUCGUUAUGAAGGGCAGAGCAAAUUAAAUAUAUGAUGCAAAUAAA